CGCGAACGCCAUGAAUAAUAAGUUCUCCACACUACAGGUAUCAUCACAAAGUUGACAACGUCAAAAAAAAGCGAAAAACUUCGUCGACGUGUAUUCAUUUAUAUAUACAUUUUCCGAAGCGACUAGAUAUUGCCGAAAAUACAGAAAAAUUAGCAUAAUUUGUCGACAAAAAGGAAAUACCUACAACAACGAACGGAUGAAUCGUGAUUAAAUUGUUGGCAAUUUCAAUCGAUAAAUAUCGGAACAGUUCGGUGUGAGUGAGUGUGUCAAUGAUGAUGUGUUGUGGAACAUUGACUUGAUUCUCGUCUAUUGUCUAAGUUUGUUUUUUUUUCUUCACAUUUCCGCAAAAUAUAAUAAUAAAUAAAUAAAAAUAAACAGAAGAAUAAAAAAGCAGACCAACAAACCAGAACAUACAAACAUUUGUGAAAUUAGUUUCGAUAAUAGUGACAUCAAAGAUCUUCAUUAGGAAAUCACAAUGACUCUGUUAAGAAAUUUAGUAUUAGUGAUAGUAUUUACGAUAGUUUUUGGAGAUGAACACAAUCACUAUUAUAAUCUAAAGGAAGAGGUGGUGCUGUGGAUGAACACAGUUGGACCAUAUGAUAAUCGACAAGAGACGUAUGCAUAUUUUUCGUUGCCGUUUUGCCAGGGAGGUAAACAGUCUAUUGGCCAUUAUCAUGAAACUCUUAGCGAAGCGUUACAGGGUGUUGAAUUGGAGCACAGUGGAUAUGCCAUCGAUUUUAGAGAAGACGCAGCCCCGACGGAAAUUUGCAUGGUUGAUUUGGAUGAAGAGAAAGUGAAGGCGUUUUCAUAUGCAGUUAAAAAUAAUUACUGGUAUCAAAUGUACAUCGAUGAUUUGCCGAUUUGGGGACGGGUCGGUGAACGUGGCGAUGAUAAAAAGUAUCACAUUUUUACGCAUAAGAAAUUCGAGAUCGGAUAUAACAACAAUCGCAUUGUCGAUGUAAAAUUGUCAACCGAAAAUAAGCAACCACUUGUGCCGGGUACUAAGAUCAAAUUCACCUACGAAGUUAGUUUCUAUCCAAGUUCGGUGGAAUUCAAGGACCGAUUCAACAAAUAUUUGGAUCCAACAUUCUUCCAACACAGAAUUCACUGGUUCAGCAUAUUCAACAGUUUUAUGAUGGUGAUAUUCUUGGUUGGUUUGGUGUCGAUGAUUUUGAUGCGAACGCUUCGCAAGGAUUAUCAGCGUUACAGCAAAGAUGAGGAAAUGGACGAUAUGGAACGCGAUUUGGGCGAUGAAUAUGGUUGGAAGCAAGUGCAUGGUGACGUAUUCCGAUCACCGACACACAAUAUGCUUUUCUCAUCGCUCAUUGGUACCGGUUAUCAAUUAACAACUGUUGUAUUUUCCGUCAUUGUAUUCGCAAUUCUUGGUGAAUUGUAUACAGAACGGGGAUCAAUGUUGUCAACGACCAUUUUCGUGUAUGCAGCCACAUCACCAGUGAAUGGAUACUUUGGCGGUUCACUGUAUGCACGUCAGGGUGGCAAAGUGUGGAUUCGCCAAAUGUUGGUGUCAACAUUUUUGGUGCCGACUUUUGUAUGCGGCACAGCGUUUUUCAUCAAUUUCAUUGCAAUCUAUUACCAUGCAUCGAGAGCCAUUCCAUUCGGUACGAUGGUUGCAGUCACCUGCAUUUGUCUGUUCGUCAUUUUGCCGUUGAAUUUAAUUGGCACGGUUGUUGGCCGAAAUCUGAAUGGUCAACCCGAUUUCCCAUGCCGUGUGAAUGCCGUACCACGGCCCAUACCUGAGAAAAAAUGGUUCAUGGAACCAGCAGUUAUCAUUUUACUUGGCGGUGUGCUCCCCUUUGGAUCCAUAUUUAUCGAAAUGUAUUUCGUGUUCACAUCGUUUUGGGCGUACAAAAUCUACUACGUUUAUGGAUUCAUGCUGCUCGUUUUCUCCAUUCUAAUCGUUGUCACGGUGUGUGUAACAAUCGUUUGUACUUAUUUCCUGCUGAAUGCCGAAGACUACCGAUGGCAAUGGACGUCGUUCUUGUCAGCCGCAUCGACUGCUAUUUACGUUUAUGUUUAUUCAUUCUACUAUUUCUUCUUUAAAACCAAAAUGUACGGUUUGUUCCAGACCGCAUUUUACUUCGGGUACAUGGCAUUGUUUAGUGGAGCGCUUGGAAUUAUUUGCGGCACCGUUGGCUACAUCGGAACGAGUUUCUUCGUACGUAAAAUUUAUUCAAAUGUGAAAAUCGAUUAAAACCACCGCACCGCACCGCACUGCAGUCGCCAGCAAUUUGUAAAACAUCAUGCGUUUAUUUUUGUGUAAUAUUUCGUACAUUUACGGUGUUGAUUACGUGAUCAUUAUUGAAAUAUGCUGAAAUAGUUCCUUUUGUUAGAAACGAAAAUGAGAAGAAAAAAAAUAUUAACAAAAUGAAAGAGCACGAACCAAAAUCUCAGGAAUGACAUUCAAGGCCUGAAUAUUGUUUCAAUUUUUGUAUUGAAUUUUGUUUUUGGACAUAUGAACACUGAACUUGUGAAACAAUAGCAGCAACUGAAUUCUUAUAUUGACAAUUGUUUCCUUCUUUUACUUUCUUCUCUGAAAAUUCUUAUCAUUUACCUUUGCCACAUACACACUUACACCCACACCCACACCCAAACACAUAUCGCUCUGUGCACUGAAGAUGUUAAAUGCGUGUCUUGCGAGAGAGAAAAAACUGCAUUCCAGAUCAGAGUCUGAUGCUUCAUCGAAUGUUGGUCGAUUUAAAAUCGGCAGAACCAAAUAAGUGUCUGUCUGUUUUAACAAAUCAGAACUUCGACUGAACUUUUGAACGCAAUCAAUUUAAACAUUCAGAUUAAACGAGAAAACAAAUUGAACCCAAAUCACAUUGAACAGAUUUUUUUCUUCAGUUACACACCAGAGUGUUUAUCUUUUUUAAAUAGUUUUGAUUUUAUGCGUUUUUUUUUAAAUUAUUAUCCAUUUGCUGCACAAAGAUGAUGCGCGCAGAAAACCUUCGUUGAAGUCGAUUUUUUUUUAUCAUUUAGAAAUGCCAAUCGUGAUGAAUUUAUUAAAUAAACUGAAAGAGAAUGAAUUAUUAUUUUAUAUUAUGUAAAAAUCAACAACAAGAUAAAACGAUCGAGCAAAUUUUUCGAUAUGGACUGAACUGUGUCCGUUGUAACAAUAAUGAAAGAAGAAAAGAAACAAAAACUAAACCACAAUAACAUCAACAAAAAUAAGAGAGAAAAAAAUAGCUAGCAAGUAGCAAAUUGAUAAUUGAAUAGGAAGCAUAACGAAUCAAGUCGAAUAGACACACGAAAUGAUACAACAAUUAUUAAUUAUUUAAGUGUAUAAUUUAAUUUUAAUAUGAUAUGAUUCUGUAUGUGCUAAGAUUUAAAAAAAAGAAUUAUUAAAUAUAAAAUAAUAAGGA